AUGUCUUUCGCUCGAGCACUAUCUCCUACCAUUCGCGAGAUUCGUAUUCUGUGCUCACAGACGGGCGCUGCAUCUGCAGGAACACGGCAAUUCAUCCAGGCCAACUACCCUGUCAUCAAGCAGAAUAACCCAGAUCUUCCUGUGAUGAUUCGUGAGGCAAGGGGGACGCCAGCGCGAGUGUUCGCGCGGUUUGAACAUGGUGUGGAAAAGCACGUCGAGCUGGACAACCUUUCAUCAUCAGAUGUCGAGUCCAAGGUCAACCAGCUGCUGAGCCAGUUGAGCUAG